AUGUCCGAAUUUAUCGACCUUGCUAAAAGAGCUGGGAACGAAGCUAUUAAGCUAAAUCCACCAACUGGUGUUGAUUUCCAUUUAACCGCCCGUGGUUCUGAUUGGUUAUGGACCGUCUUCUGUGUUAACACAUUUUUCUUCAUAAUAUUAAUCCUUUUGAUGUUUAGAAAACCUGUCAAUGAGAGAAUAGUAUACUAUACCGCAAUUGCCCCAACUGGGUUCAUGGCAAUUACUUAUUUCACAAUGGCUUCCAAUUUAGGUUGGACUAAAACUCAAGCCAAAUACAAUCAUGUCAAGACAAGCACUCAAACCGUUCACCCAGGUAUUAGACAAGUCUUUUACAGUAGAGAAGUUGGUUGGUUCUUAGCUUUCCCAUGGCCAAUUAUUCAAGCUUCUUUGCUAGGUAACACUCCAUGGUUACACAUUGCCUUCAACGUUGCUAUGACUGAAUUCUUCGUCGUCUGUUUCUUAAUUGCCGGUUUGGUCCACUCCACAUACAAAUGGGGUUACUACACUUUCGGUAUUGCCGCUAUUAUCGUCACUUCUAUCAGUAUCAUGACUACUACUAGAAACUUGGUUAGAAACAAGGGUAUCAAGGAUCUAUUCUUUGUGUUCAAUUGUUUCUACGGUCUAAUUAUGUUCUUCUGGUUAGUCUACCCAAUUGCCUUUGGUUUAAGUGAAGGUGGUAACGUUUUGCAACCAGAUUCUGAACAUAUUUUCUACGGUAUUCUAGAUUUCCUAACAUUAUUGGUCAUGCCAAUGUUAUUCCUUCCAAUUGUUUCUUACAUUGGUAUCGAUAACCUUGGUUUCAAUGUUAAGGCUGAACCAGAAGUUCAUGCUGAUGCCCAUGAAAUCCCACAUGCUCCAAGGGCUUCUCCUCCUGCAGGUAAGCCAGUGAAGGCUAAGAAGGCUAAGAAAUCAAAGAAGGCUAAGAAGAGUAAGAAAUAA